CAGAAAUACUGGGACAUGGUCUCAACUUUCCUCGCCGGGACGACUUUCCUCCUUUUCCAGCUCCUCUGUCACGCUGAUGAGGGCGACGCCUUCGUCCGUGUCCCUCCCGACAUCGGCCAGCCUGACGCGGUGGUGCCCGACGAGGAUCCCUACGACUUCAACAAAGCCACAGUGGCCCUCGCCACGGCCGAGUACACGACCGUGAUUGACAAGGCGACGGGCCUCAGCUGGCCAGUGGAGACCAAGAAACAGCCCCAUGGCGGCUACGAGUACCUGUUCCCCGUCCCUGGCGCCAAAUACGUGUCGCGGCACACGACCAUUGCCGUGAGGGAUGGGCGGAAGGUGGACGACCUCAGUGGUAAAGCCGGUGCGAUCACUGUUACUGGGGCGGGUGGCCGGGCGGUGGGGGGCACGCUGGUCCUGGCUGAUGACCGCAAGACCGUCAUCUUCGCGCCGACGGAGCCCUUUCAGCCGCUGGAGGGUGUCACCGUCAGCAUCAAUCAGCAGCUGUCGCCAAGCUGGGGAGGGGGUGAGGAGGGAGAUCACGCCUUCGAGUGGACAUUCAGCACUGCGGCAUCGGCCACCGCCGCCCUUGGCGUCUCGGAGGCCGUGCAAUGGGAGGCUGAUUUUUCGCAGGACCACAGGUCAUGCGCCAUGAGCCCCAAUGAGACCAUCGGAGCAGAUGCAGCCCCCCAGCGCAAGCAGGGGAGGAGGAAGGGGAAAGGGAGGAGGAAGGGGAAAGGCAAAGGCAAAAAGGACAAGAAGCUCAAUGAGGAUAAACCGGACGACGACCCGUCGAUCAUCCGCUACCCCAGGCCAUGGUACCGCACCGUCUCUCAAGAGUUCCCCGUUUAUGAGGCUUACGUCGACAACGGGGCGGCGGCAGGCAGCCGUGCCAAGGGCAGCAAUCCCGACUCCGCACCGGCCUUCCUGUCCCCCUCCCCGCCGCCUUCCCUUAUGCCCGGCGACGCGCCCCUCCAUUUUUUUGGCGACAUGCUGCCCCACCCGUACGUGGUCAUUUUGGACGGAGCUGGCGACAUUGUCUACCACCGCCGGCUGCUGGAUGGCACGGUGGGAUCGGACUUCCGCGUGCAGCCCAAUGGCCGUCUCAACUACCUGAAUGGCGCCAGGAAAUGGACGUUCCGAGACCCGAAUCGCCAUGGGGUGGAGAUGAGCCUCUCCUACGAGCCUGUGGCCGAGCACAGGGCUCGGCACGGAUAUCUGAGUGACAACCACCACAUGGACUUGAUGGCCGACGGACGUGUGCUGACGUGUGUGUAUGACUGGCAGCGGGCGGUGCCUAUCGACUCGGCCGACGGCAUUGCGGGGGUGGUGGUGCAGGAGACGGACAAGACAGGCAACGUCAUAUUUGAGGUGCGGUGGCAUGCCAUGGACACAUCCACUCCCACUCCCAUUCACACACUCUCUCGUGUGCUGUGCUGUGCUGUGCUGUGUGUGCUGCGUCGUGCUGCAGUGGCGUGCGUUGGACUAUCUGGAGGUGCCUCGGCCAGAGCACCAGCCGCACCAGCGUGGCGACCAGCCCGGUGAUUUCUUCCACAUCAACAACUGCGAGUACACCCCCGACGGCCACAUCAUCAUCUCGCUCAAGGACUUCCACCAAGCCAUCCUGAUCAGCAGACAAGUAAGUAACCAUCCUACCUACCUCACCCCACAUACAUAUCACCCGUACUCUUUCUCUCACACCCAUUCGCUCGUGUGAGCUGCAGACGGGCAAGAUCCUGUGGAAGCUCGGCGGGCGUGAUUCGACCUUCACGUUCACCAACGAGGAGUGGGGCGAGAUGCCGUUCCGCCGGCAGCACAAGGCGCACCAGCUGGGGAAUGGCAAUGUGCUCAUGUGGGACAACUGGGAGGAGGAGGUGCCCGGCGGAGCGCCCGAGGGCAGGCGGUGGUCAAGGGCGGUGGAGUACCAGCUGGACCUCGACAAGAAGACUGCUACCAAAGGUGACUGACUGACCAGUGAUUAUUGGGCUAUGUCAUGCAGCAAUGGUGUCUUUGUGUGCGGUUGGUUGGUUGGGAUGUGUGUAUGUAUGUCAGUCUGGGAGUACACCCCCUCCCCUCCUCUGUACUCUCGCUGCUGCGGCAGCAUCCAGCGGAUGCACAACGGCAACACGGCAAUGGCACUAGGUAGGUGGAAGGGAAUGCAGGGAGGGAGGCAGGCAGGCGAGCUACACACGCACAACCGUCCAUCUUUGUGCCGUGCAGGUGCGGUGCCUCGCAAGGAGAACAACCCCUUCUUUCUGGAGGUGUCGCCCGACGGCCACAUCGUCCGCCAACUCACCUCCAACAGCGCACGCUCAUUCCGCGCCUUCAUGAUGCCCUUCAGAGGCACCUCCAGCCAGCCGGCCAGACUGGUGGUGUGCGACGACGGUGGGCUGGGGCAGGAGGUGGGGGCCACGCUGCACAUGUCAGCCAACGGUGUGAGCGGCAUCGUGCGGUGGGAGGUGUACGGCAGUCGUGAUAGGGCAGCGCUGGAGACCAUGGAGAAAAGACUUCUCAGGAAGAGUAUCACGUGAGCUGCAGACACAGAUGUGCACUUUAAUAGUCAACGUGGCUGGGGUGUGGUGUGGUGUGUGGUGUGGUGUGGUGUUGCUCCCAUGCAACGGACUGCAGCCGUCGGUACUACGAGCACGCCAUCCCGCUUAGCGACGUCCUGCCGGCGGAAAAGAAAGAGGGCGACUUUUACCUGAGGGCUGUGCCCAUCGUCGGUGAAGACGAGAAGAAGGGCGUGGCUUCCAAAGUGCUCAGACGUAAGCGCCUCCAAACAACACAUUCACACAUGUGUAUGUGGGCACGUCCGUCCCCCUCUCUCUCUCUCUCUCUCUCUCUCUGCGUGUGGGCACUGAUGGCGUCAGUUCGGCUGUCCCACCCACACGCCCUGGCCUGCCGAUGCUUCGACUUCGACAUUGCCCACAUAGCUGACGAGAAAUCCGUCAUCAAGACUAUGCAGAUCGCUCACAAGGGCGGCCCCUCUCUGCUGGUGAUGGAGAGAAUGGCGAGGUGCCGGCAGGCAUGCACGAAACCGUCGUGCAAGUCAUUUUCGUUUGAUGAGAAGACCGGCGAGUGUCGGCUGCUGAGCAAGGCGGGCACGAGGGAGGCCAGGGGCGGGAGUGUCUCUGGACUGGCGGAGUGCGAGCCGGCGACGAUUGACUGAUUGAACGGCUGGCCGGCCAAGUGGGGUGUGCGUUUUGUACUCAAGUGUGUGUAUGUGUGUAUGUGUCGUCUGUACUGUGUCUGUCGUCUGUCGCUGGCAUAUUUGUCCACCUGUGGCCGCGUAUUUGUGUAUUCAUUUGUGGACUCUCUCUUGGCGUGCCUGCAUUGCUAUGUGCGGGACACUAGUGUUAGUGUGUGUGGUGUGCAGGGAAUUCAUUCAUGCUCAUUGGGGUGGGUGGAUGCAAUGCAUGGCCGGAUGCAUGUAGUGAUGUGUCGAGUCGAAGUGGUGUGAUAUCAAUGUCUUGACUGACAUAUAGCCAUGAAGGAAUGAAGGAAUGAGCCGUGUA